AAUGGCCCCACUGUGAGAAAGAGAGUAAAGGAAGCAUAGAAGAACGCACAAAAAAAGAAAAAAAAAGCGCGCUUUCCAUUCUUGGGCUAACCAUCCUGUCGAGCUUCAUUCCUCCCCACUUACUCGUACCAGCCCUUCAAAAUCCCCGCCAUGGCCAAGAGUAAGACCCCAAGUCGGAAGAGACGCAUUACCAAACCAAAAUCUCCGCGACUUGCCACCGUUUUCGAUUGCGUCCGUUGCCACCAUGUUGAGACAGUUCGUUGCAAGCUCAACCAUGAGCAAAGGACCGGAUCCCUCGAAUGUAACCAAUGUGGGGUCAUCUAUACCUGCGAGAUUCACCAUCUGAGCCACGAUGUAGAUGUCUAUCACCAAUGGAUCGAUAUUUGUGAAGCCGCAAACGCAGACAACGGCACCGCGGUCGAAACCGACGCCUCUGUAGCACAGAGACAGGGCCAGGACCAGCUACAGGAACAGGACCAGCUACAGGAACAGGAACAGCUCCUAUCUCGAACCCAACCCCUCAACCGCGAAUUCCCCAUCAAGCCCAAGAAGAAACCCGCCUUCAGAGAACCAGAACCGCUGCAUAUCAGCGUCCGCUAUCGAAUGCUUCAAGAAACGUCUAUUCGAGUUGCCGGUCGAUCGUAAAGGUGAAAAGCGUCACUAUCACUUUGUCGAGCCAGCACUCUGAUCUUAAUGUCAAAGCGGGACCUUGGAUCCAUGUCUUCACACACGAGGACUCUGUAUAAUAUGUAUCUUUCAUAUCUUCGUAUAACCACAGAUUUGCAUACUUCCUUCCAUCUGCUGCUGCUGUUCUUUCUUUAAUAAAU